GAAAAAAAAAAUCCGCGAGACCGCGGCGGGGGAAGAUGGCGGUGCCGGGGCAGAGUUUGUGAUCUUGGUGACGAGGCGAGUCGGGCAACUCUUCCGGUCAUGGCGUCAAACUCAACCAAGUCUUUUCUGGCCGACGCCGGCCACGGCGAGCAGGAGCUGGACGCUAACUCUGCUCUCAUGGAGCUGGACAAAGGUCUGAGGUCUGGCAAACUCGGGGAACAGUGUGAAGCAGUUGUCCGCUUUCCUAGGCUUUUCCAGAAGUACCCUUUCCCUAUUCUCAUCAAUUCAGCGUUCCUAAAGUUAGCUGAUGUUUUCAGAGUUGGAAACAACUUCCUGAGGCUGUGUGUUCUCAAAGUCACCCAGCAGAGUGAAAAGCACCUGGAAAAGAUUCUCAACGUGGACGAGUUUGUGAAGAGGGUCUUCUCAGUGAUUCAUAGCAAUGACCCCGUGGCAAGAGCCAUCACUCUCCGGAUGCUGGGAAGUCUGGCGUCAAUCAUCCCUGAGAGGAAGAAUGCCCAUCACAGUAUUCGGCAGAGUUUGGAUUCCCAUGAUAAUGUAGAAGUCGAAGCGGCUGUUUUUGCAGCCGCAAACUUCUCUGCACAAUCAAAGGAUUUUGCUGUAGGAAUAUGCAACAAAAUCAGUGAAAUGAUUCAAGGCUUAGCUACGCCCGUGGACCUGAAGCUGAAGCUGAUCCCCAUCCUCCAGCACAUGCACCAUGAUGCCAUCCUGGCCUCCAGCGCCCGCCAGCUCUUACAGCAGCUGGUCACAUCCUACCCCUCCACCAAAAUGGUCAUUGUGUCUUUGCACACUUUCACUCUGCUUGCAGCCUCCUCUUUGGUGGACACACCCAAGCAGAUUCAGCUUCUGUUGCAGUAUCUGAAGAGUGACCCCAGGAAAGCAGUGAAGAGACUCACUGUUCAGGAUCUGAAGCUACUUGCUAAUAAGACACCACAUACCUGGAGUAAGGAGAAUAUUCAGGCGCUCUGUGAAUGUGCGCUCCAGACUCCGUAUGACAGCUUGAAACUGGGGAUGCUGUCUGUCCUCUCCACGCUGUCAGGGACGAUCGCCAUCAGACAUUACUUCAGUGUGGUUCCAGGUACGGCAGAGACGAUGGCAGGAUCUUUCUCUGUGAAGACUUCCCUUUGCGGCUGUCGCGUGCUAGGAAAUGUAGGUUCUUCUCCCAGAUCUUCCGAUUUAGUCAAAUUAGCCCAAGAGUGCUGUUACCAUAGCAACAGGGGCAUCGCAGCUCAUGGAGUGAGAGUGCUGACUAAUAUAACUGUGUCUUGUCAAGAGAAAGAUCUCUUGUCACUGGAGCAAGACGCUGUCUUUGGCUUGGAAUCCCUUCUGGUGCUUUGUAGUCAGGAUGACAGCCCCGGUGCUCAAUCCACUGUGAAGAUUGCUCUCAACUGUAUGGUGAAGCUGGCCAAGGGCCGGCCUCAUCUGAGCCGGUCAGUGGUCGACACUCUACUAACUCAGCUGCACAGCUCUCAUGAUGCUGCCCGGAUCCUCAUGUGCCACUGCCUGGCAGCCAUUGCCAUGCAGCUGCCAGUACUGGGUGAUGGAAUGCUUGGUGACCUUGUGGAACUCUACAAGGUGAUUGGACGGUCAGCCACAGACAAGCAACAGGAACUUCUGGUAAGCUUGGCUACGGUGAUUUUUGUAGCCAGCCAGAAAGCAUUGUCUGCAGAGGUAAAGGCAGUGAUCAAGCAGCAGCUUGAAAGCGUCUCCAGUGGGUGGACCGUCUACCGGAUCGCCAGGCAGGCUUCCAGAAUGGGCAACCAUGACAUGGCCCGAGAGCUUUACCAGAGUUUGCUGACUCAGGUCGCAUCGGAACACUUCUACUUCUGGCUGAACAGUUUGAAGGAGUUCUCACAUGCCGAGCAGUGUCUCACUGGGCUGCAGGAGGAGAGCUUCAGCUCAGCACUUUCUUGCAUUGCUGAGUCUUUGAAAUUUUACCACAAAGGGAUCGCCUCCUUGACAGCUGCCAGCACACCACUGAACCCUUUAAGUUUUCAGUGUGAAUUUGUAAAACUCAGGAUCGAUCUUCUCCAAGCCUUCUCGCAGCUCAUUUGUACUUGUAACAGCCUGAAGACAAGCCCUCCCCCUGCAAUCGCCACCACAAUUGCCAUGACCUUAGGGAAUGAUCUGCAGAGGUGCGGCCGGAUCUCCAAUCAGAUGAAGCAAUCCAUGGAAGAGUUCCGAAACCUUGCUUCCCGGUACCGAGAUCUCUAUCAGGCAUCCUUUGAUGCUGACUCAGCAACUCUGAGGAACGUAGAACUACAGCAGCAGAGCUGCUUACUGAUAUCUCAUGCCAUAGAAGCCCUGGUUUUGGAUCCAGAGUCAGCAAGCUUCCAGGAGUAUGGAUCCGCUGGGGCUGCCCAUGCUGACAGUGAGUACGAGAGAAGAAUGAUGGCUGUGUACAGCCGCGUCCUAGAAGAGGUGGAGGCGCUCAACCGGAAAUAUGCCCCUGUUUCCUACAUGCACACAGCAUGCCUCUGCAAUGCCAUCAUCGCCUUGCUGAAAGUUCCUCUUUCAUUUCAGAGAUACUUCUUUCAGAAACUGCAGUCCACCAGCAUCAAGCUUGCUCUGUCCCCGUCUCCCCGGAACCCAGCAGAGCCCAUUGCUGUCCAGAAUAACCAGCAGCUGGCCUUGAAAGUGGAAGGCGUUGUUCAGCAUGGCUCCAAACCAGGACUCUUCCGCAGAAUUCAGUCCGUGUGUCUGAGUGUUUCUUCCACACUGCAGAGUAAAUCCAGCCAAGACUACAAGAUCCCCAUUGACAGCAUGACCAAUGAGAUGGAGCAGAGGGUUGAGCCACACAAUGAUUACUUCAGCACCCAGUUCCUGUUGAACUUUGCUGUCCUUGGAACACAUAGCAUUACAGUGGAGUCCUCCGUGAGAGAUGCCAAUGGCAUCGUGUGGAAGACCGGCCCCAGAACUACCAUGUUUGUCAAAUCCCUGGAGGACCCCUAUUCCCAGCAGAUCCGUCUACAGCAGCAGCAAGCCCAGCAGCCUUUGCAGCCACAGCCACAGCCACAGCCUCGCAGUGCCUACACCCGGUUUUAAGUGUGCUCCAAGCACACUGCACACUCCCACACUGCACAGCCGUCAAGCUGCAAGAGGAGUCUAUAUCUUCGUGUGCAUCGAGUGUAAAUGUCAUGGUGUAAAAUCCAUCGCUCACUAAUUUCUGUAAUGUGGCAUUCUGGAGGUUGUUUAAGAAGUCACCUGGCUCCCAGCCAGAAGAUUACACCUUCUUCAUUUCUUAAACCCAGUCUUCUGCCUCACACUUAGCAUUUCUGUUGUUCUUUCUGGUUGGUGAGCUUUUCUUCCAAGAGUGGUCACAGAUCAGUGGUAGAUUUGACUGGGUCUCUACCAGAAUGAUUGGAGUGGGAAAUCCUGUCUAGUGCGUGCAGGGUUCGUUCAGGGCCAGAGAUUGAGACCUUCUCGACUGGGAACCUGUGGUCCACAGUCUGGCUUCCUCCUGCAUUGUUGUCACCUCCUGUCUGUCUCCUACACUAGAGCAAUGCUAGUUUUGGUCUUUAAUUGAUUCAAAAUUUAAUUUCUAUGUAGUAUGUUGUUUUUUGUGGCAUGUGACUAUAACACAGAUGUUUUACAGUUUUUCUCAAAGUGAACAUGGCUCCCAUAUAAUGUCUUCCUUUUAAUGUAGAAGGGACAGAUCCUUUCCUAUGGUCUCUACUGAAGGAGGUGCGGACUCUGCACUUGAUGUCUACAUAGCAGUUUGCGUGGCCGGUGCUCAGGGAACAGCGAUUGAUGGUUAGCCAGAGAAGCCCUUUUUCUGUUUUAGUCCUGGUUGAAAACUGUAUGACAACAUACUUGAACUUUAUACCAGGCAUGUUUAACUGUCCUUGUGUAAUUGCUCAGUGUUUGGAGACCACAGUUAGUAGACAGGAGACCUGAGCGCUGCCGAUAGCGGUGUGUGUGGUCAGUGGGUGGGGUGCAGUGCAGCCACUGAGAGCGUGAG